AUGGUUACAGCGGUGAUCUUCUACGAGUACGCGAUCACGUUCGACAGCGAGGUUCGGCUCAUCUGGCGGCGCAAGAUCACGGGCGCGAGCAUCCUCUUCUUCAACCGCUACCUCCUUGUUCUCCGGAAUGCGCUCACCGUCGUCUCGUUCUCGCCCAUGUCCACUCCCGUGCCGUCUCCCUCGUUCUCGCACUAUGCAGCGUUCUCGACGCUCCGUGUCUACGCGCUCAGCGGGCGCGACUGGAGGUUCGCAGCGUUCGUCUGCCUGCUCAUGACGGGACCCAUCGUCGGCAACGUCGUGCGUGCUUCCGCCAUGGAGGUCUUCCAGAGGCUACUGCUUUCUGUGAAGGUUGAACUGACGCAUGCCGCAGUGGUGCUCCUAUCGCGGUGCACGCUCAUAGCAGGCGACGCCGUCGUGCUUGCCGUGACGUGGUGGAAGACUUGGAGCAUCAAGAAAGUGGCGGACGCAGCACAUAUCGGCACGUCCCUCGUCGCGCUCCUUCUCCGCGACGGUACGUUGCGCACGGUCGCCCUUCCGAAAUUCGGCGCUGACUCCCCAGCGGUGCUCGUACUCAUGCAGGGACCAUAUACUUCGGAUACGUGCUAG